GAUGCGUUCAGUGUCAAAGGUCGUUUGCUUUGCGAGCUGGCAGUCGCCAUUUUCCGUACCGAGAGAGGUGCGACUCUUCCACCUAUAAUGGCUCAAAUCGAUAGAUUUUCGUCACCGAUUGCAGUUCUAACGACGUGGAACGUGAGGAGGUGCAUCUAGACUCCUGUGAUUACGUGCUGAAGAGGACUCACCGUGCAUUAUUUUCUGUUCCUGCUGUUUUUGGAAGACAAGUCACGUCACCCACAAGGGAACCUCAGCUCUGUCACGAGUAUAUUUUGUACACACAGCUCUGCAGGAAUUUGUUUGAACGCCAGCGCUCAAAUUGUGCAUAGAAACUGCAAGACUAUUGUAUAAUUUUGCCGGAAAGACGUCCGUUCUGUCUCAGGAAAGGCAUUCAAUCGCAUAUCGGUAGAGAGCGUUUUUUCUAACAUUUGCAUCGUGUGUGUUGAGACUGUUAUCGGAAAGCAAACAAGCGGAAACCGGAACAGCAUCAGACUUUCAGAGGAAAGACCUGCUGACAAGAACUUGUGGACUUGCAAAUGCAUUUGGGGACGACACCUACGCCCUGUAGACCACAGCAACUGUUUCGUCGUUGAUAUUACGAGGCGAGAGUCGUCAUGUUUUCUGCCCUGAAGAAGCUGGUAGGGAGUGAGCAGGGGAGGGGCGGGGUCAACAUGCCGCCGGGGAUGCAAUCCCUCAACCCUGCACUGCAGAGGAAAUUCGCUAGGGGUGUCCAGUACAAUAUGAAAAUUGUCAUAAAGGGUGACCGUAACACAGGGAAGACCUGCCUGUUCCACCGACUACAGGGACAUAAGUUUGUGGAGGAGUAUCUUCCCACUCAUGAACUACAGGUAGCCACCAUAGUUUGGAACUACAAAGCCACGGAUGAUGUGGUAAAGGUGGAAGUGUGGGACGUCGUGGACAAAGCCAAGAAACGGAAGAAAUCGGACUCGCUCAAGCUGGAGAACGACCCAGAUCUCGCGGAAGAAAUGGCGCAGGCCCUGGAUGCAGAGUUUCUUGACGUGUACAAGAACUGUAACGGUGUGAUCAUGAUGGUGGAUAUCACCAAGCAGUGGACGUUCGAUUACGUUGCGCGCGAGCUGCCGAAAGUUCCCACCCACAUCCCCGUCCUGAUCCUGGCCAAUUUUCGCGACAUGGGGGAGCACCGAGUCAUCAGCGCCGACCACCUCAUCUACUGGAUAGAAGGGCUGGACCGACCGGAGGGCGCUGCAGACAUACGGUUUGCCGAGUCGUCCAUGAGGAACGGGUUCGGACUGAAGUACCUGCACAAGUUCUUCAACAUCCCCUUCCUGCAGCUGCAGAGGGAGACACUGCUGCGGCAGCUGGAAACCAACAAGCGCGACAUGGUCGCCAUGAUCGAGGAGUUGGGCAUCCACUCGGAGUCCGAGGAACAGAACUACGAGCUGUACAUCCAGGGGCUGGCUAAGAAGAGGAGACCGACGCCCACCCGCCCCACCCACCUUCCAACCGAAGCCCAGAAUGGCGGUGGGGAUGAGAACCAGUCAGAUUCAGCUGCGACGACUCCGGCACGAUCCAACCUCUCAACGCCCGCCACCACGCCGUCCUUGUCAAACCCAGCGACUCCUGCCACCACCCCUGGGGGGUACACCCCUGCAUCAACACCCGGGGGAUACACCCCUUCCCCCACCCCUGUUCAGGAAAACAAGCCGACCCCACAGAAACAAGGCUUCAUGUCCAGGUUGUUUGGGAACUCCAGCCCUGCCCAGCAGGACAUGGCUGCCCCUGACCCAGGGGCUGGCUCCCCCACCCCUGCCUCCCCACCCACGGGACCCAUCAAGGCUGUGGAGGACUUUGUUCCAGAGGAGGGUCUAGACAGCCACUUUUUGGACGAGCCAGAAUCCGCCAAACCUGCACCUGUACGGACUGCUGAGCCAGCCAAUAUGGAGGACUCCGAUAGUGAUGUAGAAGGAAAUCCCAUGGUGGCAGGCUUUGCUGAGGAGAUUGAUUCAGAGGAUGAAAUGCCCAAUCAGGCCCCAGCAAAACCCACAUCUGCAUCCCUGGACAUCGACCUAUCCAGUGAUGAAGAUGAACCAGUCGUUGCCAAAGACGCAGACAUCGAUGAUGACCUCCCAACCCCCAUCUUACAGCCACAAAAAACAGAAUCUCUUAAACCCCUUUCACAGCCUCACACUGUGUCAAAUGACUCAGAGGAAGUCCAGGAAGCUGGCCAAUCAGAUGCUGAUGAGGACACAAAUCAACCAAUCAUAACUGCUGAUGUAGACAUUUCUAGUGAGGAUGAACAAAAGGGGCUUGAUGAUUGGUUGGGAGGAGGGGAGGGUAAAGUUGACGGAUUAGUAGCAAAGGUAGAUGAGAUUAGCUUAGAUGGUGCAGAGGCUGCAGUAGAACUGAAGAAGGAGGAUUUUGAUUUCUUAGAAAAAGUGAGCAAGCCUUUGUCUGGUCAGGAGUCAGGAGAAGGAGACAGGGAAGAUGCCGGUCAGAAGAAGAAGAAGAAGAAAAAGAAGGAUCGCAGGAGUGAUGGAGAGGAAGAAGGAGAAAGGUCCCACAAGAAGAAGCACAAGAAACACCGAGAUAAAGAGAAAGAGAAAGUGUCAGAUGAAGGAGAAGGGAAGAAGAAAAGGAAGAAGCACAAAAAGAAGGAAGUUGACGAAUUGGAAGAGUUUUUGGGGGGUGCAGUAGGUAAAGGGGGAGGGGGUGGGGAAGGGUAUGAGGUGUUUUGAUGGGUAUUCUAGAGCCAAGUCAAUCUUAGGGUAAGUUACAGUAUUUAAGUCUUAAAAGAUUAAAUAUGUCAAAAGCCAAAGUUUCCUACUAGUAUGGAGUUUUCCUCUUUACAUUGAUACAACAAAAGUAUACACAUUAUCAUAUGACAUUGCAUUGUUUCAUUGCUAUAUACAAUUAUGGGAUCAUUGAUUGAAAUAGUAUAUUAAUGCCAAACUUCUUAGAUAACAUAUCAUACAAUAUGUAUAUUGUUGAAUGACAUUAUCAGAAUUGGAUGCCGUUCCUAUCAUCAUACUCAAACUAUGGUAACUACACAUGAUCAUACCCUAUGUCUUGAUUUUUUGGUGACACCUCAGAAGUUAAGGCAUGCACUGUCCCACUGUCCCAUUAUGAAUGCCUUUGUGCUCAAAGUAUGUUAGAUUCACAACAGUUGUCCAUUGUCAUUUCUAUAGUUCUAAGUCCUACCUAGUUUUGUUGUAUGCUGUAUAUGGUGAAGUCUGAAUUUUUGACUGGUCAAGAUUCUCGUCAGUUUUGGUAGUAUAGUUUUUAGAACAAAGUUGUUUCAUGUUUUACACAAAACACAAUGUGAUGUGGAACUCUGAAUUACAAGUUUGUAUGCAGUAUAAUCAACAAUCAUAGCAAAUAGAUUAGAGUUAUAGAAGGAAUGAUCUUUUUUAGAAGAACACAUGACUGU